AUGCUUUAGAACUGGGCUGAGUUAGAGUAAACUGGGUUAUAUUGGGUUGGACUGGGCUAAGCUGGGUCAGGCUGGUCUGCUUGGAGCUGUAGUAAAAGAAAAAGAAAACUAGGAGCACAACAACAUGAGCUGAGCUGUCAGGGGGGAUUACUUCAGCCAGACAAACCAGCAGGGUCUCCACCGCUCUACCGCUUCACCAGAGAGAGCCAGAGAGGGAGGAGGGGUAGAGCGAGAGAAAAAGAGGGGAGGGGUAAAGCGAGAGAGAACGUGUUUCUGCAAACAGGAACGAUAGAGACGGAGGAACAAGAGAGUGCGAGACCGAGAGCAGAAAGAUACCGCUCGUUGUGAAAUCGGAAAAAAAAGAGGGCGAACAGAACAAGAAUCAGAGCAGAGGAAAAGAUCCAGGAGAGGGAGAGGCCACUUGCAGGAUACUGUCCGCUGUCGCACGCGUUCAGAGCAGCGAUGUUAGAGCUCUCGUCCGAGCUGGGCUUUGUGCAGAGUGUGUGUGUCGACGAUAUAUGCUGCCCCCCCUCUGGACCCCACCCCAACACCGGAUCCAUGAGGGCCGACGAACUGCUGCUGAGUAACGGCACGGCUGGGAAGAUGAACGGGGCGUUGGAGCACUCAGACCAGCCAGACCCGGACGCCAUCAAGAUGUUUGUGGGCCAGAUCCCUCGCUCCUGGUCAGAGAAGGAGUUGAAGGAGCUCUUUGAGCCCUAUGGGGCUGUCUACCAGAUUAACAUCCUGCGAGACCGCAGCCAAAACCCUCCUCAGAGCAAAGGGUGCUGUUUUGUCACAUUUUACACACGGAAAGCUGCUCUUGAAGCCCAGAAUGCACUGCAUAACAUAAAGACCUUAACAGGGAUGCACCACCCCAUUCAGAUGAAGCCUGCAGACAGUGAGAAAUCAAACGCGGUGGAGGACAGGAAACUGUUCAUCGGCAUGGUGUCAAAGAAGUGUAACGAAAACGACAUCCGAGUCAUGUUCUCUGCAUUCGGACAGAUCGAGGAGUGCCGGAUCCUUCGAGGACCCGACGGACUCAGCAGAGGCCUCAACCAGAGGGAAGCCAACGUUAAGGGGUGUGCGUUUGUCACGUUUUCUACCAGGGCUAUGGCACAGAAUGCAAUCAAAGCCAUGCACCAGUCUCAAACUAUGGAGGGCUGCUCGUCUCCCAUCGUGGUCAAGUUUGCCGACACGCAGAAGGACAAGGAGCAGCGGCGCCUGCAGCAACAGCUGGCUCAGCAGAUGCAGCAGCUCAACAGCGCCACCACCUGGGGGAGCUUGACGGGGCUGGGGGGCCUAACCCCACAGUAUCUGGCUGUAAGAGGACCCGCCGCGUCGCCCACCCCUUACUGCAGCCCCGCAGCCAACGCAUCCAUCGCCGCCGCAUUGCUUCAGCAGGCCACUUCUUCCAGUAACCUGGGAGCUUUCAGUGGGAUACAACAGAUGGCUGGUAUGAGUGCUCUGCAGUUGCAGAACCUGGCCACUUUAGCAGCGGCGGCAGCAGCGGCCCAAAACUCAGCCAGCCCCUCCAACGCAAACCCCCUGUCCUCCAGUGCAGCCUCCCUCGGAGCGCUGGCCAGCCCAGCGGGCACCACAGCCAACUCCUCGGGCAUGAACUCUCUGACCUCUCUAGGCACCCUGCAGGGCCUCGCUGGCGCCACCAUGGGACUGAACAACAUUAAUGCACUAGCAGGUAGUGUCAACAUUGCUCAAAUGCUCUCAGGUAUGGCGGCCCUGAACGGAGGCCUGGGCGGCGCGGGGCUGACAAACGGCACGACGGGCACCAUGGACGCGCUCACACAGGCCUACUCAGGGAUCCAGCAGUACGCAGCCGCAGCCCUGCCCACCCUCUACAGCCAGUCCCUGCUGCAGCAGCAAGGUGCCGCCGGCAGCCAGAAAGAGGGGCCUGAAGGGGCCAACCUGUUCAUCUACCACCUGCCCCAGGAGUUUGGGGACCAGGACAUCCUGCAAAUGUUCAUGCCUUUUGGAAACGUGGUCUCUGCCAAAGUCUUCAUCGACAAACAGACAAACCUGAGCAAGUGCUUCGGCUUCGUCAGUUACGACAAUCCGGUGUCGGCGCAGGCAGCCAUCCAGGCCAUGAAUGGCUUCCAGAUCGGCAUGAAGAGGCUGAAGGUGCAGCUCAAACGCUCCAAGAACGACAGCAAACCAUACUGAUCUUAGCACUAGGGCCUAUCUGCUCCCAUGUUAGCACUGCUAGGGUAAGUCCCCAUACGAGCCACGACCUCUACACAGGGACUGGGGGAGUGUGGGAGGAGGGGAGGGGUGGGAUCGCGGGGGGGAUAAAAAAUUUGACCACCAGAGGGAGACACUACUUUCCCUUGUGUAUUUUAUUUUUAUUUUUUUUGCUUUUUCAUUCAGCCAUAUUAUUUAUUAUUGUGAUUUUUUAAAAUAUUUUUUCACAUGAACACUCCGAUUACAGCCAUUCUUUUGUACCACUUAAAAAAAGAGUAGCUAUCAUGGGUAGCUUUUUCAGUUGUUUUAAAAUGUGUAUUUAAUUUCCUAUGUAAUUAUUUAUGUAUUGUAAAAAAAAAAAUACAAGUAAGAAAAGAAAACAGAAGCUCUAGGAUUUUUGUUGCUCUCCUUGUGAACCUGAGGACUGAUGAAAGACAGGGAUACAAGGGUUUAUUUCUCAAAACGUACCCAUAUGCACAUGACAGUUAACCUCCUGGUGUUGGUUUCCUAGCCAACCGUCGCUGCUUCUGUGACCCCUCUAUGCCUGCUGACAAACACCAUGGAUUAAAGGGUUAAAACAAAACCUGGUGGCUGUUUGUCAGUCAAGGACAGCAUCAUAUACACUCCUAACAAAACACUCCAGCUAUUUUAGACUUAUGACUCCAUUCGUAUUUCUUUAUGUGGAGAGUCUUUUUUAUUUCACACUAAAACAAUUAUACAUUAAAAUUCUAUACUUUUCUGGGUCAGAUCACAUUGGUCUUUGUUGAAGGGGAUAUUGUGUAGAACAUUUUCAAACAUCCACAAACUGAUGAAGGCUAUAAGAAAAACAUGUUUAUGGGGAUGGGGUUUACUGAAAAUACUUGAUGUUUCUUGAGAGAUAAAAAAAAAAUGUCAAAGUACAGAAAGCCACAGGCCUGUACAUUUUAUUUGUAAAAAAAGCAGUUAUAUUUUUAUACACAAUUUUUACUGCCUCAAAAAAAAAGGAUUUUAUUUAUUGCCUAUUGUCAAGUUAAUGGACUCCUUAAGAAUAUAAUCUGUUAGAAUAGAAUCUUGUCAAGUAGUCUUUUGGAAUUCAGAACUACUGUAGUAUUCACUAGAACACAGAACCACGUUCCCACCUUGCUCUGCCUCGGCUCCCUUCACUUUCACAGACUCACACUCCUCUCAGCUCUCUCUCCCUCUCUCUCCAUCAGUAGCGGUACUUGACCUGUCAAAAUUCAACCUUUCCUUGCGUUUAGUUUUUGUUCAUGUGUUUCGUUCUGUUUUGUUCGUUUGUACUGUACAAAGAUCUUUGAACAGUUUCCCCAAAUGAUGAUCCAUCAGCCAGCCUCUCCUGGGACUCGUGAUGGAUAUAGCUUUGGGUGUUCUGUAUAUGUGCGUCUGUAUGUAUUAUUAAGAGAGUGUGUGAGAGUGUGUUUGUACUGUGAAUGUGUGUAUGUGUGUGUUAGUAUUAAUCCAAAACAUAUAUCAUUUUCCAAAAAAAAAAAAGAAAAUCAUGAAAGAUAAAAAAAUGCCAAUUGUGUAAUAAGUGGUAUUGCUGUUAUGACCUAGUGGUUUGCAUUGUUGUUUUGUUGUUGUUGUUUGUUGUUCUGAUUUUAAUGCUGUAGUGGUGUGGUACCCUGGCGCUCUGUUCUGUGUGUAACACUCUCCUCUCCCCUGUUUUCUUCCCCUAUAGAACCAUCUCCAUGCCUGUUAGCUCAUCGUUUGCCUAGCAUGUCUCCGUGGCGUCCAAAAAACAAAAAAAACAAAAAAAGUCUCAUCGUCCCGUCAUUGUUUUCUGAUGUCUUUUCUGAGCUCACCUGAUCAUAACCUGGUCUCCGCCUACUGACCUUUUGAACUUUGAAUCUAGCUUGACCUUUUUUGGAGUUUUUUAUUUGUUGCAUGUGACCUCAUUUUGUUGUUUCUUUUGGGGGGAGAUGGGGUCGGUGUGGGUACAUUAGGGAGGAAGGUGGGAGGGAAGGGAAAAAGGGGGAGGAAAAAACAAAUGUGAAAAAGUAUAGCUGCAUACAUACAAAAAAACUGAGAACUCUUACAGACAAAAACAAGACAUUUUUUUUUUUUUUUUAGAAAAACCUGUGGCAAAAUAAUUUCCAUUCGAUUUAUUUAGUUUUGUUUAGUUUCCUUCUUUUACGUUGGGUUUCCUUUUUGUUCCUUUUUUCAUUUAAAGUAAACUUGAAAAUUCAGUACAGGGAUUGGCAUGCUGUCUUGUUUCUGGCACCACUAGCAAUAUGAGGCCAGGAGCAGACCCUGUCGGUUUCUAUGAAAAAUAGACUACUUCCAAACAGUUUUGAAUAGAAACUGUCUGAUCAAUAUUAGACUCUCUCAGAGCUCUAUAAUGGUUUUUACAUUUUUCAGGCAGUGUAAAGUUUUUUGAUAAGGCCAUUUUAAGUGGCUCUGUUUCUCAUUAAAGUCUAUAUAUAGAACCACUUUUUUCUAGAGUAGUUUAAGGUAUUAAAAAUGUCAACAAAAAAAGGCUUGCCCUGUUUGGGGGGAGAAAUGCUACCUACUGGUGUUACCUUUUGCUGAACUGACUCACAGAUAGACAAUCCGUGGUUUAAAUGCACAUGAUGAUGAAAUGACCUAUAUUUUCUACUGUUUAAAUGUAUAGAGGAAAAAAUACUAAAAUACCUGUAACCCGCGUUAACGUUGGUGCUUCUCGUGAGUUUAGUUGUGGUUUAAUUACAAGUCUAACGGUCUUAAGUGUCUCAUGUUUUUAAAGAGAAGACUAAAAAAAAUCAGUUUACUUGAAAAAUAGACAAAGCCUUUCAUAUUGCUAUAAUUACUAUAAAUGUUCAUUUUUUUUAAGGAGUCCCUAUUUGCAAAAUGUACUGUUGGGUAAUAUUAAAUUCCUAAAAAAUAUAUAUAUAUAUAAAUAUAUAUAAAUAUAUAUAUACCAUGUCAGCUUGUGAAGCAUCAAUGUCAUUAUUAUUUUAUUUCUAUCGUGGGAAACAAUAUUUAGAUGUUUUGUUGUUCAGCAAAAUGUGAUUUUCUUUUCUUACAAAGAAAAAAAAAGACAAGAUCAGUGGAGUUUAGUGCCAAAUUCUGAAGAUACAUCCUGCCUAUAGCGCGUCAGUGUAUUUCUUGUGAAAUUAUUUGAUAACAUGGGUAUUUUAUUAAGUGUUUUGUAUGGAUCCCUCAUAUUUAAAAAUAUAGAUUUAAAAAGUUUGUUAACUUGCUAUUCUGUGGUCUUGUUGCCUGAAACUGUUCAUGUUUUGCUUUUUUUUGUAAAGAUGUAAAAAGUGCCCAUGUGUCAUACACACACACACACACUCGCACGUCCACAAACUAGCACACACAUACACACACACCCACACACACACACACACACACUCGUGAAGACCUCACAGUUGACUUUACUUUGUUGAUGUGUAUGAGAGCCCCUGAGUGUGAGAGCCUCUACAGGAUAGAUUCCAUGUUCUAUUCUACCAGUAUUUACAUUAUUGUCCACACAUCCAUACACACACACACACACACACUCUCACAUGAGCCAUUACCCAGAGCAUUCUUCAAAGCCUUACCACAAGCCUUUACAAACACAGGCACAUCAAAACAGUCACACACACCAACCGUCAGCCUUGCUCUUUGUUUCAUAAAUGUGCUCACUCCCACCGUAUGAGUUCGGUAUUCAGCUGAGAGCCAAAUGUAAAGCCUUAUUUGAAGUUCUGUCUCAUUAUGCCCUUUAUCAAGGAGCAGUUUUUAGUUGAAGUUGCUAGAAAAUGGGAGGCGUCGUUGUUUUAUUUUUUUGGUCAUGUUUGUGUCACUGCAAACAACACGAAUGCGUUCAUGAUGUAAGCGAAGGGCAAGACUUACACAUUCCCACAAAAGCCUCAAACCCUGCACAGACCCAGUCAAAUCCAGGUUGACAGAACAGAAUGAUUUUCAGCUGUUGUGGCUUUGUUGUUCCUACAGUUCAGGACAUUAUAUUUAUGACUGUACCAUUAUUACAAAAUGAGGUUUGCCGUAAUGGGCUUGUAGGUGCCAAGUGGUGAGAGCAUUUGAUAAGUAACAGAAAGUUUGCCGGUUUGAUUACCCGUGCUGACAAAUGAAAUAUCUGUAGUUGUGCCCUUGAGUAAGGCACUUAAUCAUAAUUGCUCCUGUAAGUCACUCUGGAUAAGAGCCUCAACUAAAAUGUAAACACUUUUGAGAUGCCAAAGUAUUAUGUCAACAUUCUCAUAGUCAUUCCGUUUACAUGACACAAUGCUAUCUGUCCGUCAGUCUCAGUAUUCUGUAAAACUGGGCUCAGUAUCCCUUCCCUGGAAACCAAGUUUACGGUCUGCAAAAUGCAGCACUAUUUUAUACAGAAAUUCACCAGUCGCCUUAAACAGGGAGUGUUGUAUCCACAUAGAUGGACUUGUCUAAUAGGAUAUGCCGUCUGUAUGUGUAAUAGGUGGUGUGUGCCAAGUCUAGGUUUACUGUCCUGUACUGUCCCUCCGGCCGCUCCAACUCUGGGUAAGCAUGUCACCAUUAAGAGAUGCAAAAUGGCCGCCUUCUGCUUUAGCAUGGCUCUCAAAUUGAAAGCAAGGGGAAAAGCAAGUACAUUAUUGUAAUCCGUUUCAUUGUCUUUUUAUAGAUUAACAAGGUUUAUUUGAAACACCUAACCAAUUUGAGGCAUGUUAGUGAAGUACACAUGAGGGAAAUAAAUGUGAUGAAAGGGUAGCCAUCUUAUUCAGUUCAAUUGACAGCCAAAAAAACUAAAACGUUUCACAGCCAAGAUGCAGAGUCUUGUGUUCUUGUCAAGUUACCAAGUCAAUGUCAAACCUAAAUUGCCUACAUAUAAAUAGAAGACGUUUACAAAGCAGUAAGCAUGUGUGUUUCCAUACAAACAGCUAGAACUAUGUGCAGAAAUAUCAUCACCAUUGCCACUAUUAUGUCCUACUAAACACUCCAGUGGUCGUAGAUUAUGUCCUAUAUUGUUGUUAACGUGUGUUUAUCCUAGUCUCCUGUACCCAAGACCGAUGCAGUAUUAGUCCACGCUAAGACCCUUCAGGUAUCCUCACUGUGAGGACCAUGUUUGCACUCUAAAUACAUGUCAGAAACACAGACAAUUCCUUCAGCUACCAGUACAUCAACCCACGGUAGAGCAUAAAGUCUUACAUCCCAACCCUUUAUGCUUUUGGGGGUGAUACUGAAUGGACAUUUGUGUGAUUUACUUAAGCAUCCCAGAAUUCCCAAAUCUCUCACACCACCACCACCACACACACACACACGACACACUCUCACACACACACAGCCAGUUGGCACAGUGAAGUCUGGUUAAGUCGCAGUCUGUACAAUGUUUCUGAAAAAGCACAAGAGGGUUCUCCACAGACAGAUCGAGUGUCUGUUGAGGGCUUCACCUCAGGGGCUGUCAUCACCAAUGCUUGUUGUGAUCUUUCUAUCUCGUCACCGUUUUCUGUUCUCUUUCUUUCUUAAUUAUCUUAAGUGCUAUUUAUCAAACAAUGAAAUUGUAAAGGAAAAAAAACAACAACUUGUAGUUUCUUUGCAUUUUGGCUUAUUAUGUCAAGUUAAUGGGGGAGAUGUUUGUGUGUUUUCUCUCUUUCUGUGCCGUAAAGAGCUUGUUGUCUGUAGACUAAUAUAAUUUGGUUUGAUUCUAAAGGAUUUUAAUAGUUUUAGUAUUGUCUUGAAAGAAGCCAAAGUUAAUGCAUUUCAGUGGAUUCUGUAAGCGUGUUGUAUGUUUGUUUGACAACACUUCGAAAUCUGUCAUUGGAUGGGAUUUAAAAAGUACAAAAAAUACAGGCUUUCCUAUUUCUACAACUGAUUGUACUUAUGCAUUUUGUACCAGUGGAACUUUUUAUACUGGAGAUUAAAGGAAACAAAUAACAAUUAGAAAAACAACCCUGUCUGGCCUCGUGAUGUGGCCUGACCUUUGACUGGUUCCCGAGUAUGAUUUCUAGCUGGCAUCAAGAAAGUUGGGUUUUACUAUAAGAUUUUCUAGAAGAACUUUGGCUUGGUUUCUUUAAUUAAUUAACAUCUUCUUUUUCACCUGAGUGUGGUUGUUUCUUUUUAAAAAGAGGGGUUAGGCGAGUGUUGGUUUAUUUUAUUUUUUGCUUUAAAAUAGAAGUUUGUCUAUAAAAAAACGGUAAGUUUCAUUUAACUUCUGUAUUGUGACGUCUACAUGAUAAGACAAUUAGGAAUAUAAAUAUUUAGUCACCUUCGGUGGAUUAAUGUAUUAGUUUAAUAAAGAAAUAAACUAAUUAGAGGUUUUUGCUUUUAGCUGUUUAGAUUUUUCUGGUUCUUCUGUCCUCUGUGAACUAACUGUGUAGCUGAAGCAGUCAGAAUUAUUUUUGUAAACGUAUGUUCUUGUGUGAUGCAGUUUUUUGCUUCUGUCUCCGAUAUUAAACCAUUUUUCCUAAUACUC